GGUUGCGUGCAUGCGUCCUAGAAUUAGCAAAAAAUCAAACUUUUUCAUUUAACAUAAACAAUUAUAUAAUAAUUACAACUAUACAACAGUCGUCCACACGUCAUUACAAUAUUUAUUUUGUUGUUACUUAUCACUUAACAAAUUUAAACCUCCACGAUCCCGUCCUGUGUCUAAUUCAUAACCUCACUUUUUCAGCAAUUGAACUCAAGCAGUAAUUUAAAAAAUGUGGCGAAAACCGCUGUUACAGCCACCUAUUAGUUACGUUGUAGCAGCCAGAUUUAUAAAUUCUGUGAGGAAGCCUGUCCCCAAAACUUUGUCUUUCCACUUAAAUCAGAGAUGGAGGAAGGAGAGGGGCCUGCCUUUGAACCCCAAUUCCGAGGGGGUGUUAACGGACGCCCCCGACUACUCAUUUUUGGAUGGAAGGCCUACCCCUUAUGGUAUAGGUCAAAUGAAGAGGAUUGUUAAGCAACAACAAAUAGCCGAACAGAUUCACAAUUUGACGGCGGAAAUCGAUUUUGCGGUGGAAAGACACGAGGAGUUGACACGAAAAGAGAGCGAGAGGAGGCAACAAAUACUGGAUAGUAAAUUGAAGCCAAAAGGGAUUGAGUUGUUAAAGAAGAAAAAAUAACUAGUUUAAACAUUUAAAGGAGAUAUUUUUUAAUGUUAUUGUAGCGGUAGUAAAAUAAAAAUGACUUAAAAAUGGAAAAAAA